CAUUUUAAAUAUGGUAAUUACACUUUACUUUUCACUCUUAGCCUUUCACCUGUAGGACCAAAUAACAAUAUUUCAUGUAAAUUAAGUCUUCAGCCUUAAUACACUGAGCCUGGCAGAAGUUACCUUGGGUCAUUCUACAUGAAGCACGAUAAUGACAGAUCAAGAAUAUAUCCUGUGCAAAUGGAAGAACCGUUUAUGGCCAGCAAAGGUUUUAUCCAAAAUCAGAACAUCCAGAAAACCAGUUGUUUCUAAAGCAAAAGCAGCCUCUUUCAAAGUUGAAAUACUUGGCCUGGAAGAACAGACUAAUGUGAACAGUACCGACACUGAGCCAUUGGAGAAAGAGCACAUACAAAGAAUUGCCUCUGAAUUAGAUCAGAAGAAUAAGCCUAGGCAUCCUGUGGAAGAACUGAAGUAUCGCAAAGCUCUUAAAAUCGCUCUAGAUAUUUUGAGUAACUUUCCGAAACAAGUACGGUCUUCAGAUGAUAGACAGACUACUCGAUCAACACAGAAAGAGAAUAAAAUAACUUCAUUACCUUCUUCUGUGACUAGAUGUCCAGUAUUUUCCCCAAAAAUAGAAUUGGAAGGAGGUGAAUCCUUGAAGGAAAAAAGGGAACAAAAGACACCCAGUCCACAAACUGAUACAGAAAAAAACAAACAAAAAUGUCAGCUCAGUUCAGAGGAGGCAGCUAAAACAUGUGGAAAUGGAACAAAAUCGUCAGUAUCUGAAUCUGGGGACUUUUCUAGGACAUGGCAGUCAGAAAGCCAGCACUGCAAGACAUUUAAAUCAAAAGUAAAAAUGUUAAAAAAACAGAAAAAAGUAAAUUCCGAAUUGUUGCAAAAGUCCAAAACAGGAAAAAACGUCUCCCCAUUGCUAAAAAAGAAUGAGAAAAGUACAAAAGGAAGAAAGAGACCAAGAGAUGCGGGUGAACCUUCAUCUCCUCGUACUGAAUUCCCAGAUGAUACAGCACGUGCUUUUGUUAGUGAGAGUACCCCAAUAUCUUCUUCCUGUAAUUCUGCCACUUUAAUAUCAGUUGGAAAAAGACCAAAUGUUAGGCGGCUACCCAGAAAGAGAUUGCUGGAUUUUUCUAUUACGUGUGCCUCACCUGAAUUGGGGAAUAACAUCAGUGGCAAGAGUGACUCUCCAGCAAAGAAAAUCAAAAUUUUAGAUGGGAGCAGAGAAACAGUGAAUUCAAAGUGUGCUAGCUGGAAACAAAAGACUACUGCAGUUUCACCAACAUGCAGAAAAAGGGGAUGUAUAAGUGGUCCUGAACCUUUAUCUGGUGCUUCUGAACACAAAGAUUCUUUGGAUAGUCCUCUUUCUGAGCUUGAAAAAGAGAAUCAGGCUAUUUCACACAAUCCUGUGAAUAAAGCUAAAAACUGUCAGCUACCUGAUUUUGAUGAAGACGAAGAAGGAUUGGAAUCCUCUGAUCUGUCUUUGAAGUUUUGCUCUCCAGGAAGUGUGUCUCUUGACUCAACUUUAGUAGAUGAGGAUGAAGAGGAAGAUGAAGAACUUCCUAGUAUUCUUUUACGUCAAGAACCAUGUUCAAUUGAGCCAGGGAUGUUAGUCUGGUGCAAAUUGCCAAGAUACCCAUAUUGGCCGGCAGUGAUAAAAAGCGUGAAGCGGAAAUAUAAGAAAGCAAACGUGCUGCUAAUAGAAGGUGGUAUGAAUGCCAAGAAGGCAAAGGGUUUCUCAACAGGUCUCAAAAAUCUAAAGCACUUUGACUGUGAAGAAAAGCAGAAGCUAACAGACAAAGCCAAAGAGGACUACAGCCAGGAAAUCAAGUGGUGCAUUAAACUGAUUGCUGACUACAGAAUUAGAGUAGGAUGUCGUUCUUUUACAGGAUCCUUCUUGGAAUACUGUGCUGAUGAUAUCAGCUAUCCCGUUAGAAAAGAAGUUAAUCAAGGUAGAGUACCAAUGUCCUUCCCAAACAUCGCAGAAGAAGACCUUGAAGAAUCUGUGUCAGAAACUACACCUAUCUUGCCUUCCAAGAAAGUUCUUCCUGAUAGAACAAGAGCUGCCAGAGACAAAGCCAACUCAAAGAUCGUUGACUUCAUAGUAAAGACAAAGGGGGCAGAAGAGCAUCUUGUGGCUAUUCUGAAAAGCAAAAAGCAGUCCAGGUGGCUAAGAGAAUUUCUGAAUUCAAGUCAGUAUAUGACCUGUGAGACCUACCUUGAGGAUGAAGAACAGUUGGACCUCGUGGUGAAUUAUUUGCAAGAAGUCUGUCAUGAAAUAGACACUAGGAAGUUGGAUGUAAAAAAUGGGGAUAGAAUAAAAUUUAUUUUGGAUGUCCUUUUACCUGAAGCCAUCAUUUAUGCAAUUUCUGCUGUGGAUGAUAUAGACUACAAGAAAGCAGAGGAAAAGUACAUAAAGGGACCAUCUGUCAGCAAAAGGUAUGGUGGUUUAGUGUAA